AUGAUGAGGAAUAUAUUGCUGAUGACCACUCUGAUGGUCGUCAUCGCAACAGCUGUCAAGAUCCAAAUUGACACUAAUGUCAAGCUCGAUCCAACCACCUACCAGAUUGGUACCGGUAUCUAUGAUAUCACCGGUCCAGCCGCCGAGACUGGUAUGAUGGGUUACGCCAUGCCAGGCCAGGUCACUGAGGGACUCCACUUCCGUCUGAGAGCCCGUGCUUUCGUCUUUGUCGAUACCAACGGCAACCGUGCCGCUUACGUCAGCACUGACUCAUGUAUGAUCUUCCAGGCUGUCAAGAUUAAGGUUGUUCAGAUGCUUGAGGAGCACUUUGGCGAGGGCGUCUACAGCCACGAAAACGUGUUGCUGUCUGGCACUCACACCCAUUCAGGCCCAGGCGGUUACUCUAUGUACGCCCUGUACGGCAUCACCACCCUCGGUUUCUACAAGGACCACUUUGAGUCAAUCUGCAGCGGCAUCACCCAGGCCAUCAUCAGGGCACACAACAGCGUGCAGCCAGGCAAGAUUUUGGCUGAGCAGAGCAAGCUCCAGGACUCCAACAUCAACCGUUCGCCAACCGCCUACCUUAACAACCCAGCUGAGGAGCGUGCCUUGUACAACCACGACGUCGACAAGAACAUCACCGUGCUCAGAAUGGAGGACACCCAGGGCAACCCAAUUGCCGCCCUUACCUUCUUCGCCGUUCACUGCACUUCGAUGAACAACACCAACCAUCUGAUCAGUGGUGACAACAAGGGUUACGCCUCAUACAUCUGGGAGAAGUACGCCAACGGCAACAGCUCCUUGCCAGGUACCGGUCCAUUCAUCGCCGCUUUCGGCCAGUCCAACGAGGGAGAUGUCUCGCCAAACACCAAGGGUGCCUUCUGCCCAGACGGAAGCCCAUGUGAGGCCGCCGACUCUACCUGCAACGGAAAGAACGAGGGAUGCAAGGGUAUUGGACCCGGUAAGGACGGCGACAUGUUCGAGUCCACCCAGAUCAUCGGUACCAACCAGUUUGAGAAGGCUCUCGAGAUGUUCAACAACGCUUCCAUCCCAAUUGGAGGCCCAGUCAACUACCGUCACACCUGGUUGACCAUGACCAACAUCACCGUCAACCCACCAUUCACCCCAACCAGCGAGCCAGCCACCACCUGUCGUGCUGCCAUGGGUUACUCGUUCGCCGCCGGUACCACCGAUGGUCCAGGUGCCUUUGACUUCACCCAAGGAGAUAACAACACCAACGGCAACAUCUUCUGGAACUUCAUUUCCAAGUUCAUUGCUGCCCCAACUGAGGAGCAGAAGAAGUGCCAGGCCCCCAAGCCAAUCUUGAUCGACGUUGGUCUGACCAAGCCAUUGCCAUGGACCCCAGACAUUAUCCCAAUCCAGAUCAUCACCAUCGGCCAGAUCGUUCUGUGCGCCGUCCCAGGUGAGUUCACCACCAUGUCUGGUCGUCGUCUGCGCAACACCAUCUACGAGAUCAUGGCCGCCGGUGGCAUGGAGAACCCAAUCGUUCUCGUUGCCGGUCUGUCCAACACCUACUCUGGAUACAUUGCCACCUACGAGGAGUACGAGGUCCAGCGUUACGAGGCUGCCUCCACCAUCUUUGGACCACACACCCUCGGUGCCUACCAGCAGGAGUUUGCCAAGCUGGCCACCGCCAUCGUCAACAACCAGCAGGUCGAGCCAGGUCCCUUCCCAAGAAACAUGACCGGUCACACCUUCUUCUUCUUGCCACCCGUUGUCUUUGACGAAGCCCCCGAUGGACACUUUGGAAAGAUCUACGAGGACGUCCAGCCCGCUUACACCAUCGGCCAGACCGUCGCUGCCACCUUCUACGGUGCCAACCCAAGAAACAACUACAUGAUUGAGAGCACUUUCCUCACCGUCGACAUUGAGACCUCCAGCGGCCAAUGGCAGACUGUCCUCGUCGAUGGAGACUGGGAGACCAAGUUCAAGUGGAGAAUGCACGACACAAUCGGCUCGCAGUCGCUCAUCACCAUCGAGUGGACCAUCGAGUCAUGGGCACAGCCAGGCACCUACAGACUCACUCACCAAGGUUAUGCCAAGCCAUCGAUGUUCUCUGACAAGCUCGAGCCAUACUCUGGUACCUCGAGCAGCUUCACUGUAUCUGCU